AUGCUACGAAAACUUCACAGAAAUUUCGCAUUCCACCUUCAAACCAGCUUACUCAUAAAUAACAAAUUUGUAAAUUCAACCAAUCGCGCAACUUUUCCAGCAUUCAAUCCAACAACCGAGGAACGAAUAGCUGAUGUGCAGCUUGCUGGAGACAAUGAUGUUGCCGAUGCAGUUUCAGCUGCGAGAUCGGCAUUUGAUAGAGGUCCUUGAAGAUUUAUGAGUGGUAGAGAUAGAGGAAAGCUGCUAAUUAAGCUAGCAGACCUAAUUGAAAAGCACGCCAAGGAUUUGGCCCACGUAGAAACUAUUGAUAACGGCAAGCCUAUCCAUAAUGUGAUGAAUAUUGAUAUCCCUUUAUCUGUUGACACAUAUAGAUAUUAUGCUGGACUUGCUAACAAUAUAAAGGGCAAUACAAUUCCAAUUCAUGGAAAUUAUGCCUGCUAUACGAGAAAAGAACCGGUAGGAGCUGUUGCACAAAUAAUACCAUGAAAUUUCCCGAUAUUAAUGCAAGCAUGAAAACUAUCUCAUGCAUUGGCAGCUGGCUGCACAGUUAUAUUAAAGCCUGCAGAACAAACGCCACUCACUGCAUUGCUAAUAGGAGAAUUAAUAGUUGAAGCAGGCUUUCCUCCAGGUGUAGUAAAUAUAUUGACAGGAUUUGGAGAAACUGGAGAGUCUCUUGUAUUGCAUCCAGAUGUUGAUAAAAUUGUGUUUACUGGAUCAACAGAAAUUGGCCAUAAAAUAAUAUGGCCUUUUUAAGUGAAUUUUCAGAUAUAAUAGAUAUUCAAUCUUUGAUAAUUUAUUUUAUAUUAUACACAAUUUAUAGACAAAAAGUAUAAAAAAUAUCAGAAAUUCCGGCUUAA